CCACUCUCGCGAGAUUAAGAGCCGUUUGAGGACGAGGAAGAGGAACGUGUUGUUGUUUGUUUAGAUUUUCGCUGACAAAAUGGGGAUUCUGUCCUCCUUUGCCUGCAUUUUCGGACUGUCCGUCCUGCUAGCGGGCGCCUUUGCGUCUUCGGAUGUGUUCGACAGCGUUUUGGGAAGCACAGUAUCUUGUCACAAGUCAUGUGAAAUGACAUACAGUUUGCACACGUAUCCACGGGAAGAGGAACUGUACGCCUGUCAGAGAGGUUGUCGCCUGUUCUCCAUUUGCCAGUUUGUUCGUGACAGCGACGAUUUAAAUCAAACCAAAUCCGAGUGUGAAUCAACCUGUCGGGAGGCCUACACCCACUCCGACGAGCAGUAUGCCUGCAACCUGGGCUGUCAGAAUCAGCUUCCAUUUGCCGAGCAGCGGCAAGAGCAGCUGGAAGCCAUGAUGCCCAGGAUUCACCUCCUGCACCCCCUGACUCUGGUCAGAGGCUUCUGGGAGGACAUGAUGAGUCAAGCCCACAGCUUCAUCACAUCCUCCUGGACGUUCUACCUCCAGGCCGAUGACGGCAAAGUUGUCAUUUUCCAGACCGAACCGGAGGUCAGGAUUUUCUCCCAGUUCGAACUGGAAAGAGACGUUCAAGAGGAGCCGCGCAAUAACUUCCCUGGGCUGAGCAGGCCAGUUUACAAAGAGUACCAACGCACUUUAAUCCAGGAGAGGGACAGAGACAUGACUGAAGACCACGAUGACCAAUACAACCUCUUCAGCUGCCUCUCAAGGAAUCCUUGGCUGCCAGGUUGGAUCCUGACAACAACUCUGAUCCUGUCUGUGUUAGUCCUGAUCUGGAUCUGCUGCGCGACUGUGGCAACUGCAGUGGACCAGUAUGUACCUCCUGAGAAAUUGAGCAUCUACGGCGACAAGGAGUUCAUUAAAGAACCGAAACUGACUCCAUACCCACCGUCAUCUCUGCUGAUUAUCACCUCCAAAGGGACAGAGGAAGAGGCCGGACCGCUACCUUCCAAAGUGAACCUGGGCCAGUCCAACAUCUAGAAGCCAACGAUGUAGCACAGACAGGAUUUCCUCUUUUAUGAAUAAUCUCUAGUUGAUCUUUUUUGCGUGUGUGUGCUGCUUUUGGUCUUAACAGGAGUAACUACUUGCAGAACAUUUUGUAUUUGCUGAUAUAAAGUCUCUUCUCCUUUUGAACCUUUUAAAGUAGGAGUGAUGGAAGAUUUUUCUUUCUGUACAUUGGUAUAAUUGAGGCAUUAGCACAUUGAUGGUGGUAAAAGACGAAUAGGUUUCUAGGGUUUUCUUGCAAUCUUGAUGUUUGCAUUAGCUCUUUUUUUGGUGUGCUUAUUUUAUCGAAUGUUUGAAUGAACUUUUUGUGACUUAAAGGUUUCACCCAGACCCUCGACUUCGGGUAAAGUAAAUUAUGCUAAUAGUGCAGAGUCACUCCAUGUUUCUACUGCGGUGAUAUCCACAAUUUUACAGUAAAAUUCUCUGCUCUAAUUCUUAAUCAUUAGACACGGUACAGACAGUCUGAACAGUAAGUAUUUCCUACUUCACUGUGGUCUGUUAUCAUAACAGUAGAUUAAAUACAAAAGAGUCGGUGGUGGCAGUUGUUGUAUCUUUUUUCUUUUUUUCAAGAGCAGCCAUUUACAAGGUGAAAGUCAAACUGGGUUGCAGUCCGAGAUCUUGAAUGAUUCAUUCAACUUGCUGAUUGUGAAACAGCUGUUUAUGCACAACUGAAGAUAAUAGCUCUGGCUCCUCUGGUGUGACGGCGGUGACAGUUUUAUCAGUUGUCUGUAUGAAACAGUGAACAGCAUCACAGUUUGUUUACUACUGAACAAUAAAGGGUCUAAUCUUAAAGCAG